CAUAACAAAGAUGGCCGUAGGGGCUUCCGGCGCGAGUUGGGCCGUAGUGCGCGUUUUCCGAGGCCUGGCCUGAGACGAUGGGAGAAAGCGUAAGGUCCGUGGGUGUUGAUUGGCUGAAGCGAGAAGCGUGCUGGAAGGUGACUGGCUUCGUCGUUCGCGGGAAGAAGUUUGUGGCGCCAGAGUAAAAUCGACACCGCGCUGCCGCGGCAGCUCGGUUCUGAGGUGCUCUGCGAGCCCGUUCGGCUGGAACUUUCUGGUCCUCUGCUCCGAAGGCGUCGAGACCAAGAUGUGGAAUAGCUCCUACGAGACCUUCAGCAGCUCCAGCUACGGGGGAGCCGGGGGCUACACGCAGUCGCCGGGCGGCUUCGGGUCGCCCACGCCCUCUCAGGCCGAAAAGAAAUCGAGAGCCCGAGCCCAGCACAUUGUGCCCUGUACCAUAUCCCAGCUGCUUUCUGCCACUCUGGCCGAUGAAGUGUUCAAAAUUGGCAAUGUUGAGAUUUCGCAGGUCACCAUCGUGGGGAUAAUCAGACAUGCGGAGAAGGCACCAACCAACAUUGUUUACAAAAUAGAUGACAUGACAGCUGCACCCAUGGACGUCCGUCAGUGGGUCGACACAGAUGACGCCAGUGGUGAGAACACCGUGGUUCCUCCAGAAACAUACGUGAAGGUGGCUGGUCACCUGAGGUCUUUCCAGAACAAGAAGAGCCUGGUAGCCUUUAAGAUCAUGCCCCUGGAGGACAUGAACGAGUUCACCGCUCACAUUCUGGAAGUGGUGAAUGCACACAUGAUGCUGAACAAGUCACACAGCCAGCCCUCAGCAGGGAGGGCAUCUUUCAGCAAUCCAGGAAUGAGUGAAGCAGGCAGCUUCAGCGGGAACAGCUUCAUGCCGGCAAAUGGCCUCACUCCAGCCCAGAAUCAGGUGCUGAAUUUGAUUAAGGCUUGCCCAAGACCUGAGGGAUUAAACUUUCAUGAUCUUAAGAACCAACUCCAUCACAUGACUGUGGCCUCGAUCAAGCAAGCUGUGGAUUUUCUUAGCAACGAGGGACACAUCUAUUCUACGGUAGACGAUGAUCAUUUUAAGUCUACAGAUGCAGAAUAACUGGGCCUCGCUGGGUAACUGAGACACUCUCCAGCUCUACCUAUUUCUAUAAUCUGUUGUCUCCAGCUGUGCACGUUGGUCAGGCAACUUCUAGGUUGUAGGUCUCAUCUGUAAAAAUGUCGGCUGACAUCCUUCUGAAACUCAGUGCUCUUCUGUUUUUGUUUUUGGUUUUUUUGAUGCUCAAAGAGAAAUGGACAAUGGACAGGGAUGUGAACCAGGGCAGGAUUUCUUGAAGAAUCCUUGUUAAGCUCAUUACAGCCUCAGGAUAGAAGGAGCUGGAAGAGGAUGUUGCCAAGAGAGUUGGCAGUGUUAAGUAACGCCCAGGACUUCCUGUUCCUGGCGCAUUUUCUGUUGAGAGAUGGACAAGGCGAGGUCUGCUGCCAAGCACCAGCCGAGAAUCCCAGCGGCCCCGGCCUGGUUUGCUUUGCCAUCGGGUACGUGGCGCUGCUUUUAGAAUUGCACUUUCCUUCACCUUCCCUGCCUGUUGCCAAAAGUGGGCUGGUCAACAUGAGGUUCUGGGCAGAGGGGAAGAAAUGUGAUUGUGUUUGGUACAAAACAAGUACACUCAUAUGUUGAAUAAAACAGUUCUAUUAUCACAGUAA